AUGCCGGGAGACACGGAAAACACCAGUGCGGACACCAGCAAUGACCACAUCGACCUGGCCCUAUAUCGGCAGCUGGUCAAACAGUUCAUAGACAUGCGUCGCUACUCCACGGCCCUUUUCUGGGCGGAAAAGGUGGCCGUGCUCAGUGGCCAGGAGCCCCGGGAUGUCUACUACCAGGCACAGUGCAUGUUCCUGCUGGGCGAGUACCAUCGAGCCGCCCACACGAUACAGCACCACAAGCUGGAGAAGAACUCGCUGCCGUGCUUCAAUCUGCUCCUGGAGAGCCUCUAUGCGGCCAAGGAGUUUACGGAGGCGGCCACUGCCAUUCAGAACGUUGAGGUGGAGGUGAUGACCACGUCGCUGAUCAACCAGCCCGUGGAUGUCGGCAGUGGCUGCUACCUGGAGACGAACAGCGUCUUUGGCGGCGAGGAGAAUCACAGGAACGAGCUGCUCUCGUCCAUUUACCUCAUGAAGGGCAAGGUGUACGAGGCGCUGGACAAUCGCGGCAUGGCCAUGGACUUCUAUGUCCAGGCGCUUCAUAAAUCCAUCUACUGUUUCGAGGCUUUGGAGGCGCUGGUUCAGCACGAGAUGCUGAUGGCCUGGGAAGAAUUUGAGCUAAUGCACCACUUGCCACUGGCUCAGCAAUCCAGCGAAACGGACGCCAAGUUUAUACUGAAACUCUACGAGUCGCGGCUGAAGAAAUACUACGAGUUGAUAUCCGCCCGCAAUGCCGAUGAGAUAUCCCCCAUUGUUAAUCCGAUAUACUCAAGUUUAUCAAGGAAUUCACGGCUCGAGUAGCAGACUGGCUCCUCGGACAACCAGAUGCCCAAGGUUAGCGUGCUCAAGGUGCCGCUUACGCCCAGUCAGUUUAUGUCGCCUGCUCAGAAAGUCCUGGAGGAUCUAAAAGCGCCCACUUUCUCCCUGCAAACGAGUCUCUCGAAGGCUUCUUCCCUCAUCGAUGCUUCCCAUCGCUCCAUGUUUGACUCGUCUAGCAGAAGGCGUUCGCGGGAUCACGACGCAGACACCUUAAUUCCUCUCGGAGAUUGCCUGGAUCGAGUACAGCGUAGUACGGAUAUUAUGGCUGCCGAGGCUGAGAAGUGUUUCUAUGACUGCGACUACAAACAGUGCCUGAAAAUACUUAAUGAACUCUUAAAGGUAGAUCCCUUCCAUAACAACGCCCUGACCAUUCAGAUUGCCUGCCUGGUGGAGAACGGCGACUUCAACAGACUUUUCUACGUGGCACAUAAGCUGGUGGAUCGGUAUCCGGACAAAGCCAUUUCCUGGUAUGCCGUGGGCUGCUACUACGACAUGAUUGGCAAGAGCGAUCCCGCCCGGCGUUAUCUCUCCAAGGCCACUGCCCUGGAUCGACUCUAUGGCCCCGCUUGGCUGGCCUAUGGCCACAGUUUCGCCAAUGAGAACGAGCACGAGCAGGCGAUGGCCGCCUACUUCAAGGCCACGCAACUGAUGCGCGGUUGUCAUCUUCCCCUGCUCUACAUCGGCGUGGAGUGUGGACUGACCAAAAACUUGGAGCUGGCCGAGAAGUUCUUCCUGCAGGCCAUGAACAUAGCGCCGCUGGAUGUGUAUGUGCUGCACGAACUGGGCGUAAUUAAGUACGAGUAUGAGUUCUUCGACGGCGCCGCCACAAUCUUCCAGUGCACCGUGGACAUUGUAAAACAGCGGGCCAAGAGCAACAACGAGGAGAUCUCGGCCCGCUGGGAGCCCCUGUUUAUUAACCUCGGCCACUCGCUGCGCAAGGUGCACAAGUACGAGGAGGCUCUGUACAACUUUCAAUAUGCCCUUCUGCUAAAGCCACAGAGUCCCACUACCUACACCUCCAUUGGAUUUAUACACGCUCUGCUGGGAAAUCUCGACCCCGCCAUCGAAGCCUUCCACAAGAGCCUGGCGCUCAACAGAGAUUGCAUUGUGACAUCCACAAUUCUCAAGAGUUGCAUCGAAGAUCUAAUGGACGACUCGGCCACCAUUGAUGAGAUCUGCAGCGCCGCCUUGCGAGAUGUGGCCAAGAGCAUCACGGCCAAUAGUCGGCGGGUGUUGAACUCGGACAAGUUCAAUGGGAUGAAGCUCAAGUUCGACGAGGAGGAGGAGUUCGCCAACUCCGAUUCCAACAUGGUGGUGGAAAUGAGCUUCGAUACCUAGAAGAAAUUCAUCCUAACUUAUAUCAAUCGUUAGUUUUAGCCCCGAUCGUUAGCCAGGCAAACAUGUGCCAUGCACUUGAACUUAAUUCGUGGCCAGAGCAAACACAGAUGUUAUGCUUUCUGUUCUGUUCUGGCUAAUGAGCGGAGUCUUGGGAUUUCUCAGCUCUGUUUUUCCCACCAUCAAUUGAAGUCGCCGCCAUGUGAAUAACAUUUAGUAUUUAAGAAUGCGCAAAAGUCUCAUUUGAAUCAUAAUUGUGCGGGCCAGCCAAGAGUGGUCCCAGCUAAGUUCUCUCAAUCGUUCUGUAACUUAAAAACUAUAUUGUAAUUAAAGCUAGCUUAGUGUAAGCAAGGAACUAAA